AUGAGGAAGCCCUGCCUUCUGGUUGCAGUGCUACUACCCCUGGUCGCUGCCAGUGCUCGACCGCCAGCCGCCGUGUUCGAGGAUGUGUUCGAGCUGGGGCGCCCCAAUGCAGCCUUCCUGGCCACCACCGACAGCCACAGUGGCAUGAAGGCGUACCUGCGCAAGAAGAAGUACCGCCAGCUGCGGGAUCCGGUCCCGCAGGCGUCGACGAUGGCCGCGUACACGGCCGCCCACGAGCGUUACCAGAGCCUGGAGGAAAAGCGCAACGAUCGCAUCCGGAUGGAGAACCUCCGGCAGCUGGCGUCCGGAACGUCGGUGCGGACCAAGCGCCUGGAACCGCAGCCCUCAGCCCGACCCCAGCCCCGAUCGAAGCAACCGAAGCGCAUCGAUAUCGUGCCGCGCGAAGUGUUCAAGUUCGAGCUGUCCGACGCGAUGAUUGCCGCGCAUCCGCAGGAUCAACCAACGGGCGAUGCGUCCAAAGCCCGGACGAAGCGAAGCGAACGGGUGGAACCGGUUCCGCGGGAAAUCUUCCGGUUCGAGCUGGGUGAUGCGAUGGUCUCGCGGCGGCACGCGGCGAAGUCGCUGAACACUAGUGCCCCCGCCCCCGCCGGCGCCGCCCCUCCGCUCCACAGCCGACACCGUCGGUCGGCAAACGCUGAUCCGCGGGAUUACGUCAAGUUUGAGCUGGAAGACGGUCGAACGCCCGAGGGUUACCGAGGUGCCCGAGGCCAUCAGACCACCAGCAGCACGCAGCAGCCGUCACCCGCCAGCACCGCCAAGCCACCGGCGAGCACCCGGACGCCGGAGAACCUGCGCCACCCGUUCACGUCCUCCGAUAGCUACCGGCGGGGCAAGGUGUUCGAUGAGAUCGUCGAGCGGCCCGGCCGCCGAAGGGCGGUUCCGCGGAAGGAGAAACGGGACAGUGGCACUCAGGAAGCUCAGGUGGAGGAGGCGGCUGGGGAGCAGGGGGAGGAACCGGUGGCUGAUAUGAGCCCGGAGGAGUCGCGUCGCGUCCGGGUGCGGGGUCGGAAGCCGAAGCAGAUCGCCAACUACGAGGAUCUGCCGCCCGGCGUCCAGAAGGCGAUAGACAUCGCGAUCAAGGAGAACGAGCGUAUGAACGGUGCGAUGAUGACGGUGGUGUCGGCGGGCGAAACGGGCUCGAUCGCGGUCACUUCGUCCACCCCAUCGACGAGCUACCAGUUCGGGGACAAGAAGCCGAAAACGAAGAAACCGUACAGCGCCACCACGACCAAGAUCACGGAGCCGAAGUUUGUGCCGAGUGCGAAGCUGUCCGAAACGAGGUUGCCGGCGGUCGAGGAAGAGUCGAACGGUCAGACCGGAUUCCUGCCGAGCCAGGGGGCCGUCCCGGUGACCGGUGCGCCGGAAUCGGCGACCGGAAAGCCGGCGCAGGUACCGAACACGCUGCCGGGUAUCCCGAAGGCGUGGUGGUCGUACUCGGACCUGAGGCGCCCCAAGCGUCUGUACCACAAGGCCGCUUAUCAGCCGCACCACCACCAGGCCCCGCUAGGGGUCGUUAGCCCGCAGUACGUGAAUACCUUCAAACCGUUGGCGCAGCACGGAGCAGAGCCGAGCGGGAGCGGGAACGAGCUGUCGGGUGGGUACCAUCGGCGGCCCGCUCUGUUUACGCCAACUUCAGCGCCCGGAGGAGGUCAUGCGUCGUCCGAAGUGGGUUUCGGUCCGGCGGACGAGGUGUACAUCAAGGAGCGGCCCAAGAUCCAGUACGUCAUCAAGGAGAUCCCGGUGCAGGUGAAGCAACCGCGCACGAAGAUCACAGUUCAGCCAAGUAUCUCGAUUUCAUACGACAAGGACGUGACGGGGCCGGGGACUGGGCCUGCCGACAGUGGACACCGAGGAUACGACAACCCGUACGGACCGAUCGAGCUCCAAUACGAGCAGCCAGCGCAAGCGGUCAGUAAAGAGCUGCCCAAGUCGUUCCAGAACAUGAAGAUUGUGGUGCCCGAUCCCCACGACGAUUCCCGGGAGCAGAAGUACCAGGAGCAGCAGCAGCAGGAGCAGUACCAGUUCGAGAGCUACAAAAGCUCGAACGAGAUCGACACGACGGGGAGCAGCAUCGCGGCCCUGUCGGCUCUGAUCGGUCAGCGGCCGAGCGUGCAGCUACACGGUCUGAACGAGCUCCUCCACAUGCCGGUGCCGAUGGGCGGUCAGCACCCGCAGCGGCGUCCCCAAGACAGUACGGCCCCCAUCACGUUCCCCGAGUCGUCGACGCCGGCCGCACCGACACCGAAGCCAUCGCGCCCCGGUUACCGCUCGGUCCAGAUCGACCACGGACCGAAGAUCCUGUACGACGACGACAGUCUGUAUCGAACGGUUCAGAUGAACCCACAGCUCCAGGUGCCGACCGGCAAGGAGUACACGCCGAUCAAGGAGCUCGUCGCCGAUGUGGCCGACUCCGACCUGAUCGGCCCAACGAUCGCUCCACCGACCCACGCCACCUACAUCAUCGGGACGGGCCGGCAACCGUCGUCGACGCCGGCUCCGAUCGUGGAGCACCACGCCGAGUUCAACGAGGAGGAAGCGGGUCACGAGUCCAACGCGUACCGGCACGUGAACGUACACAGCACUCCGUCUCCGCUCGCCCUGGGCGACGGCCUCGCGUCCCAUCGCUACCAGGAGCAGCACCACCAUCACCAUCACCACCAUCACCACGACGGCAGUGACGAGCAUUAUGACGACUCCGAGGGAUACGCGUUCGGGUAUCGGGUGCGCGAUUUCCACACCGGCAACGAUUUCGGACACGUGCAGAACCACGACAACGGUGUGACGCGCGGCGAAUACCACAUUCUGUUGCCGGACGGGCGGGUCCAGAACGUGCGGUAUAUGGCCGACGAACAGGGUUUCCACGCCGAUGUCACCUACGAGAGCGUGCACCAGCCGCACGAGGCGCAGUGA